AUUCAAUUUCUUGUUCUAGCUUUCUGUUAUGUUUCGUAAAAAAGUAGCCUUGAUUAUCCCGACCUGUCAAUCAGACGUAGAAUGGUCGAUAGACUGGUUAAACGAGACUAAUUUCAAAACAAGGGCACGUAACCUAUCUUUUACUCAAAAGUGUCUGGAUGUUAUGGACGCAACUUGGAACCAGUUUUCAGUCUAUUAUUUAUAGAUGAUUAAAGGUCAUAGCUUAUUAAGUACAACAUGAUCGUUUAUUUAGUGACUAUAAUUGUGUGAAACUGAUUUGAGGCUUGGCAUAUAUAUAAAUAUUGUGGCGUAAUUGUCGAGAUAUUUGGAGAUAUUUAUUUAUGGUGUGUCACCCUAGAUGCCAUUUCCUUUAUAUGUCUCAAAUAACAAUGUUCAACAUAGUGACAAAUGGGUCAAUAUAAUGACUGUACAACUUUACGUUACCUAUAAACACUUGGAUAUUUCGUUGGAAAAGAAUUAUACAAGCAAUAGUCAACUGAAAAAAAAACUGUUAUUAGUGAAGCAAGGUUCAGUAGUAUAUCUUGUCUACGAUAUCACCUUAGGUGGAAGCGGACGUAAAACUCCAGAAACGAACGAAGUAGUAUAUCUAAAAUAGGAUAGCCAGUGUUUGCCAUCAUAGGACAUCUCACAGAUAUGAACACAAAUCUGAGGAUAUUCCUGAUUCUAACGGUUAUCAUAGGACUUUCAGUCCUUACGGUAAUUCGCCAUCCAAUGGUCUUUCGGCGUCAUCUCGUGUAUGUAGGUAGAUUCCUCAACAGAGAUACAAACACAUCUGAACCCAAGGAACCCUUAAUCGCACUGGGUGGUGAGAAGAAAACAUUUGAAUUGAGUACAGUGAAGAAAGAAGACAAUGAAAAAAUGAUAAGGGCGAUUCCGGACACAAAAACGAUAACUUACAAGGAAAUCUCUUUAGUUAAUUCCCCUGGUUGGUAUUUGGAUAGCUUACCACGGGAAAGGGUAUUUCUAAACUGUGAAAUAGAAACUUGCCGUUUGAGAAAAGGUUGGAAAUACUUCAACACCAGUGAUGCUGUGGUGUUUUAUGGGGUGUAUUCAUCAUUGAGAACGCCGCCAAAGCGCACUAAGCAUGAUCAAAUUUGGGUAGUGUCUGGAUGGGAAUCUCCAUAUCACUCUGGAAGUAAAGUGUGGUCAAACCAGGGCUGGAAGGAUCAAAUAAACUGGACAAUGACGUAUCGUUUAGAUUCCGAUAUUCCCGUGCCUUACGGAUUUGUUAAAAAACUUGAAAACAAAUCAAAUAAAGAUUAUGGGAAAAUUAUGACCAAUAAAAAGAAAAUGGUCGCUUGGGUCGUAAGUAACUGUCACACACCAGGACAACGUAUGAAAUACGUAAAACAAUUGAAAGAAAUAGUUCCAGUGGAUGUGUUUGGAAGGUGUGGUUCGCCCAUUCCAAAAGAUCUUUUCGGAAUGAUAAAUCAGACCUACAAAUUUUACCUCUCAUUUGAAAAUUCCCUAUGUAAGGACUAUAUUACGGAAAAGUUUUUUAUGCGACAAAAUUUAGACGUUGUACUCAUAACAAGAGGGGGAGGUGAUUACACAAAGUUUUACCCACAAGAAUCAUUCAUAAACUCUAACAAAUUUAAAAAUGCUCACGAACUAGGGAAAUUUCUUCUAAAAUUAGAUAAGGACAAUAAUACUUAUCUGAAUUAUUUAAAAUCCAAAGAAAGUUAUAGAUCUUACAAUUUUGGUGUGACCAUUAAAAAGGGCCUUUGUGAUAUGUGUAAAAUGUUACACGAUAAAAAGAUUCAUCGAAACGUUUACAAAGACUAUAAUGAAUGGUGGUGGAAAAGUGACUGUAAUUCAAAACCAACAGAUAUCAUUUUAUGAAAUCGUCCAAGAGCUGUUGUUAUCUUUGGUUUGUUUAGAUUUUAAUAGACAUUGCAUCAUCAUCAUCAUCAUCAUCAUCAUCAUCUGUAUUACCAAUGCUUGAAUUUAAAUUGUUUCCACAUUUAUCUUUUCAUGUUGCCUUAUAACCCUAGUGGAACAUUUAUAAUAACUUUAUGGGUUCUAUGUAUUUAUUUGGGGGUAUAUAACGUAUGUAUAAAACUGUAUAGCUGGUGUUUAAAACUAAUUUGGUAUACGGAUAGAUGUAUUUAAGCCUAUUUGCUGAUGUCAAGUUUUCCACACUUUUUUUAACGCCCACAUUGAAAUGUAGUUGUAUAUAUUGUUGUCGCCCCGGUCUGUCCGUCCGACGUCCGGCGUCCACAAUUGUUUAUGGACGCUCUAGAGGCUUAAGUUUAAGUUUCCGAGACGAAGAAUCCAAUUAUUUCCGAUAACUAAUUCCAGAAUUAUGACCCUUUAAAUUAAAUGUUUUGUACCCUACACUUUAGUAUUGGGCAGAACUGGAAGCCAAACAAAUUCUAAUGAUUUAUGAUAAUUGCUUAAUGGAUUGCUACACGCAAUGAGAUUCUAGUCUGUAUUAAAUGUUUUCAUUACUGGCAAAAGAAAACAAAUAUUGUUGACUCGGCGUAUGUGUGGCUAAGUGGGUAAGGCGCUGGCUCGCUAGCCUGGAGGUCGAGUGUUCGAUCCCUGCAUUGGCCGAGAAAGUUCAUCCAGAUUUUCCAGCGUGGUUUCCCCUUGUCAGUGAUGCAGGACGGAGGGCCUGGCAAGGACAGCUGUCUAGUCGUUCGGAUGGAAGAACACCGAGGUCCCGUGUACACAUUGACGUGCACGUUAAAGAUCCCUUGGCAGUUGGAAUUCGAUAUAAGAGUAGACAGUAGAGCCGCUGCCCGGGCAAAAUUUCCCUCAUAGCACACUGUAUGGCGUAUGCCCGUCUUCAUUAGCCCAGUUUAGGAGCAGAACAGUAGGACCUUAAACCCCAUUUCAUUUCAUUUCGGCGGCCAUUUUGUCUGACAGUUUUAGUCCGAUUUUCACGAAAUUCGAACUCAACUAUCAUUAGGGGGUAGCGGUGAUAUAUUAAAAUGUUUUUUUUUUAAUCGGUUAAAAAAUUGUGAGGGACCACAAGCUAAAAGCACGAUUUUUAGUUAAUUCAGGAUAUGAGCGAAUUACGAAAGGAACCAAGAUUUUAUGGACAUAAACAUGCAUUCCAAGUUUCAUCAAAAUCGUAUGAGAAUUGUGACCUCUAGAGGGUCCAUAACCAUGAUAUAGGCCUACCAUAUUUUUUACACCAUUUGCGUACAAGGGGCGGCCAUUUUGUCCGGCAGUUUUGGUCCGAUUUCCACGAAAUUCGAACUCAACCAUCAUUACGGUGUAACGGUGAAAUACUAAAACGGGUUUUUUUUAAAAUCGGAUAAAAAUUGUGAUCUCAAGAGGGGCUACAAGCUAAAAACGCGACGAUUUUCCGUACAAUUAGGGACCGUAAUUCAGGAAGUUACGAUCCGAUAUGCGCGAAUAUCGAAAGGAACCAAGAUCUUUGGGUUAUAAACAUGCAUUUCAAGUUUCAUUAAAAUCGGAUCAAAAUUGUACAAUCAGGGGCAAUAAUCCACGAAGUUAUGGUCCGAUACAUGUCAAUAUCAAAAGGAACCGAGAUCUUUGGACGGACGGACGGACAGGGGCGACGACAAUAUACGUCCACAUGAAAAUGUGGGCGUAUAAAAACCAACUUUUCGUAUAAUCACGGGCCAUAAUCGAGGAAGUUGCACCGCGAUAUACGCGAAUAUCGAAAACUAACAGAGAUCUUUGGGUUAUAAACAUACAUUUCAAGCUUCAUCUAAAUCGGAUAAACCUCUAGAGGAUCUACAACCUUGGUAUUACAUGUACAUACUUUUACACUAUUUGCGUACAACGAGUGGUCAUUUUGUCGAGCAGUUUCGAUUUGAUUUUUACGAAAUUCAUACUCAACCAUCAUUAUGGUGCAACGGUGAUAUAUUGAAACGGUUUUUAAAGAUACAUUAGUUAAGAGUUUAAUAAAGAGUUGGUCAUUAUUGCUAUAUUGAUUCAAAAAUAGAUGAUAAAAAAGAAAAUAUUGAAAAUUUUAGUCAAAUUACUUUAUUCUGAACGGAGUUGUCAUUGUUGGAAGUUUGGACUAGAUGUGUGCAUAGUGGUAACCAGGGCACUGGUAUAUUCGAGACUUAGCCUUGCUUUCCCAUUUUUAAAUGAAAUUUUUAAUCUAGUUCAAAUCUCGAGUAUCCGAUGCCAUUGAGAGUUGAUUAUGGUCCUGUUUUGUUAAUAAAUGUCUAAUUAAUAGUUUAUAUAGCAUUUCAGGCCUAAAGAAAGGCCUGCAAUAGGCAGAUUUAGCUCUUGCAUAAUGCAUGUUUAAAAUCAGAUAAAUAUUAUGACCUCUAGAGGGUCCAAUAGCUAAAAACGCGAUUUUUCGUAUAAUUAGGGGCCAUAAUCCAGGAAGUUACAAUCUGAAAUGCGCAAAUAGCGAAAGGAACCAAAAUCUUUGGGACAUAAAGAUAUGUUUCAAGUUUAAACCAAAUCGGAUACAAAUUGUGAUGUCUACAGUGUUCACAAGCUAAAACGUGAUUUUUCGUACAAUCAGGGGCCAUAAUCCAUGAAGUUACAGUCCUAUACAUACCAAUAUCGGAAGGAACCGGGAUAUUAGGGUGUAAGCCUAUAUUUCAAGUUUCAUUGAAAUCGGAUAAAAAUUGUGACCUGUAGAGUGUUCACAAACAACUGUGGACGGACGGACAGGGGCGACGACAAUAUUUCAUGUGGACGUAUAAAAAAUAUUUAUUUAUUGUUAACUACAUGUAUUUAUCUUUUUUAAUUUUACACGGUUUUUCUUGGUAUUUCUAAUACAGUGCACACAUGGGAGUUCAGCUUUGGGUAUUUAUCUACAUGAACACCCACUUUUCCAUAAAGGACAAUAUUGGUGUCAGUCAUUAACACAUAUGUGAUAGAACUGGUUAAACAUGUUCCAAAUAUACUUUUAACACAGAGAUCAUUGCUACGAUAGAUGCGUUAUGAAGCUGUCAAGAAACAGUUUCGGCGGAAGCAAUUCCUGAUUUGGGGAGGGGGGGGCAUACCGUCCUAGGACUUUAGGCGAGGGUCCACGGGCGGCCUAGGCCACGGAAGCUCCCGGGUGUCUAGAUCGUUGGAGGCGCUUUCUAAGCGAUUUCUGGCUUGUAAAAUUACUCGGCAAAGAAGUUUUAAUGGGUUUUUUUUAAAACCCUUACCACGAAAGCACUGCAGUCGAUGGUGAUUUCCUGUGAUGUUGAACUGGACAAAUAUAUACAUAAUAUUACUAAGGUUGAGGUCACUCUAGAUGUCAAGUUUUUAUCCCAUUUUGAUGAAACUUGUAAUGUAUGUUUAUAACCGUAACUUCUUGGAUUAUGGCCCCUGAGUGUACGAAAACUCAGAUUAUUAGCUUGUGGGCACCCUAGAGGUCACAAAUUUUAUUGAUUGUAAAUAUCGUUCAAAUAUAUCACAGUUACACUAUUACGACUGAGUGCAAAUUCAAAGUUCAAAUGACCGCUCCCCUUCACGCAAACAAUGUAAAAGCAUAUAAUACCGAGGGCGACCAUCAGCUGUAAACUGUGGUCGUGAUUGCUGUCUGAACGAGCACCCGAACGCAAAUGGCCCGGACCAUUGGCCCAUGUCAAUUGUUUCUCCUGCUAUAUUUUCUGCUAUUUACUCAUUUCUAAAACUAUAUUUUUGACGAUGGGGAUGAAGAAAUGCUUUUAAAACAUUUUCUUACAACGCUGACUCCAUCCGGGUUAACUGGUAAUAUGGAUCAUUUAACAAAGUUUUUUGUCGUGGGCCUAUAUAUAUAUAUUCGAACAAGAAGACCUUAAUCGGCCAAAUUCAUCAAGAAACUCUUGAAUAAAAAUCAAAGUUGUUAAUAAACCAUACCCUAACCCUCAUUCUCUAACUUCCGGAUGUUACCAUGGACCCUGAAAUACGGUCCAUGGUGUAAACAACACAUUGGCAAUCGGCAACUUUAUAUUUUUCAGACAAUAAAAGGAACAUUUAAAACUUAUCUUUAGGUGGUCUUAGCACCGUACAUUUACUUUUGAACGUCGAAAAAGAUCUUGCAUAAUAGAACCAAAACACUUCGAAGCCUUUUAUUAAUUAGAACAGGUUUCGCUUUAGUUUUUAUAUUUUACGCUGACAUUUUAUUGCUUUAAAUCUUCCUAGUGCAAAAACCGAAAAAUUGACCUUUGGGCCUCUGGGGUCACAAAGAACAAAGGUAAAUUUAGCAAGUUAACAUUUUGAUUGAAUGGUUGAUUACUUUCCAUCAUUUUCAGCAUGUUUUCAUGAUACAAGAAUGGCUGCGCAUUCACUUUCAGUGCAAAUGACCUUAUUUGACCUUUGACCCCGAAUAUCUCAAAAACGCCCCAACGGCGGACUGAUUACCACUCGGCAUCGUAUUCUACGAAAAGUUUUACUCUAGAAACGUUGGGUCUGGUUUUAUGCCCAUUUGUUGCCCCCCCCCCCCCCGCACUGAGCCUCCGGUCUCAAAUUAACAGGCAGUCAGCAAUAACAGAGUAGAUAAGAUAAGUAAUAGCCCAAAUAUUUUGGGUAAAUCUCUGUUAGAUUUCGCACAAUUAGUCGGUAAUGUUGGCCAAAAGAAAAUAGAAAGCCAAGUGCGACGUCGAAGAAAAGCAAUGUUCAAAUAGAUGGAAAUAGGUUGUAAUCCCUUCGUUUUAGAUGUAAUUAAACAUUGGUAUAAACUCCUCUGCUCUGCAUACAGUGCCAUGUUCUGUAGCUUUAAAAAACAAUAAAUCUGCUUUAAACGA